ACUGACUUUAAAAUUAAAACUGCUAAAACGGCCGAACUUUAAGAACUCUGUCAUCUAUAAGUUCCUUCCUAAGCACAGGGAGAAGUAGGAAGAUAAUGUCAAUACAGAGAAGUCGCUGUUCAAUGUCAUCCAUAUCAGCCUUUCUGAGACCAACGUCCUUGUCUUUCCACACGAGCAAUGCCAUGGGAAGACCAUAUGAUGAGAGAGGGCUCUCACGUAUCCUUGAUAGGAGAUGGCUCCUCAGCAGUCCACAGGUUAAAAUUCAUGAGGUAUUACUGUCUAAUGCAAAAGAAGCUGGAGGAACUUGUGCCAAUUUAUUUUCAUUCUCUUCCAAUCUACACCCAGCUCUUGGUGAGAAAUUGAAAGAAUCCAGACAGCGCCGUAAUUCUUUUUAUGUAAUUAGAGAUGAUUUGUUGCACCCUCUGAUAAGCGGGAAUAAAACAAGAAAACUCGAUGCGUUGCUUCCACUUAUUGAAGCUCAUUCUGUGACUGAUGUGGUUACAUGUGGGGGGUGUCAAAGUGCUCAUGCAGCGGCAUUGGCUGUGGCUUGUGCAGAACGAGGCAUACAGGCUCAUUUGCUUCUUCGAGGAGAACAACCUGAAAUCCCAACAGGCUAUAAUCUUAUAUCUGAAAUGUAUGGGCAUGUGAUAUAUGUUCCAAGAUCUGUUUAUGCAAACAGGGAAGCACUACUUGCAAGACAUGCCAGCCUUAUAGCUGGUGAUGAUGGUUCAAUAAUGUGGUUGCAUGAUGAAGUAAAAAUGUCACCCAUGCCUGUGGAAAAUUAUGCUUCUCAUCAGCAUGGUAGCAAGGUGCACAUGUCAUGCAUUGCAACUUGCACCUCUACAAGGAAGGUGGCAGUUGUAAAGGAGGGUGGAGGCGAUGCUGUUGCAUUAUUAGGUCUGAUAAGGCUUGUGGAUUAUCUCAGUCAGCCCUCUCUAUUUGGAAGAGACCAAACCGUACAAAUAGUUGUAGACUCUGGUACAGGAACAACGGCUGUUGGACUGGCUUUAGGAGCUUUAUUAUUAGGAUUGCCAUGGAAGGUUACUGGGAUAAUGCUAGCUGAUACUGCUGAAGGAUAUGAAAAGCACAAAGUUCGCCUACUCACUGAAUUCAAAAAGCUUAUAAUGGGUGACUGCAUAUUUACUUUUGAUGAAAAAUCUGUAGAUCUUGUUCACUGGAUAGAGCGGCAAAUGCCAAGGAAAUUUGGUAGGGUAUUUAAAGGAGAAUUGGAACUAUGCAGAGAGAUUGCUCAGCGGACAGCACCUUUUGGAUGUUGCUAUUGAUAAAACCUCUGAGCCUGCUUCAACUGCUCCUCAAACCGACCAAGAUAGAUGGAAGACUCAAAAUGAGGAAGCACUUGGUUUAAUUGGUAUUUCAAUGGUUCCUGAUUUGUAUGUUCUAAUUGGAAAUUGUACAAAAGCGUAUGAAGCUUGGGAAAUUUUAAAAACAACUUAUGAUAGCUCAAAUGAAUCCCGAAAAAUUCAGCUUCAAGAUCAACUUGAAGAUCUCAGGGAUACAUAUUUUAAAACUAUGGAUGAAUUCUUAUUAAAGUUUGAUUAUGUUAAUAGUCA